UUGAUAGCUCGCUGCUCACAUUCCGGUACCGGCAGUGGUCAACUUCGGUUCAAUUUUUUUAAAAAAAAACAUCAAAACCUAAGUAUGUUUCGUUGGUGCCAAUUUCGGAGUGCCCAAUCAAUCAGAUACGCAAAGGCAGACCAACAAUAUUCAGGUUGUUAGCUAGACCAGAGGGUGGUUGCCAUGUAAUUCGUACUGUUCCGUUCAUAUUCUCCACAAAUCUACUCCAAUCACCACCGAAAUGAAAACCCUAAUCUCUAAGCCUCUGAUUCGCCACCUGAACCCUCAAUUCUUACCUCAAAUCUCUGUGUUCCGCUUUCCAUCACUUUCUCGGGAAAACUCGAACUUUCUCACCUUCUCAGACAGAAAAUGGCUUUGCACUCCCAAAUCUCUUUCUCUAUGUUCAGCAACAGCCUCGAGCUCACUGAAUUAUGGUGGAUGGGAUUGUCCUCAACUCGGUGCUGAUUCAGUCAACUCUGGUGAGUCCAAUCAGCUUCACAAUUUCUUGCAUUCUCUUGGAAUUGGUGAUAAGAAGUACAUCUUUAUGUAUCUAUUGGGGUUUGUUUGUGCUUUGACCGUUUCUAGAAUUAGAGUUUGGUCAAUAGUUAUAUUUCCAGUUUGUGUAGUAGUUUUUGCGGUUGGGUUUUCAAUUGGAUUUGUUAAAGGGGGGAAAUUGAAUGAGUUGAGCUCAAUGGUGGCUAAGAAAAGGUCUAAAGACGAGAAUUUUAGGGAUUCAAUUGAGAAAUUGAGGAAUUUGGUGGAUAUGUUUAAUGGGUUUGAUGUUAAGGUAAUGAAAUUAAAGAAUGAUAUAAAAAGAAGUAUCGACUGUAAUCUAAUUACAGUGAGUGAUUUGGAAAGAUAUGCUAAGGAGAUGGAUUCAGUUGGGCUGUUUGUUCUGAGUGCUGGAAAUGUAGUUGAAGAUUGUAUUGAGACUAUUUUGGUGGAGAACCAAGAAGUGGAAAGAACUUCAAAGCAAAAGUCCACUAAGAAAAGAAAAGAGGUAGAUGGGACUGUGACUUAUAUGUCACAGUUUGUUGUUGAUUUGUUUCGAGAAAAAUCAGCUGGUUCAAUGCCUAAUAAAGUGAAAGACUUUGGUGAGAGUGAAUUGACAGAUAUGGAGGUGAAUGGUAGAAGGCAAGGGAAUAUUCUAGCUCCAUCAAAUAAAGAACGGGCUUCAAAUCCUAUGUCAAAUGCUAAUAUUGGAAAUGGAAGUACAGGUUCUGGAGACAUUUAUAGUAAAGCUGAUCAGAGGCCGGACAGAACUGAAGUAUUACUUGAUAGGUCUAGGAGAAUGAAAGAGAUUGCUGGAAAUGAAAGAAUGAAUUUAGGUGUGAUGGAUAGUAGCGCUGAGAGAGUUUUGGACAAUCGAGAAUAUAGUUAUCAGAGUAAUAGAUUACGAUCAAUUAACAACCAACAAUUUUCUAGGGAUAUGGAUCAUCACAAUGAAGUAGAAACAUGGGCAUCUCACGAUGAUGUGCUUGAUUCUGUUGAUUUUAGUGUCAGUAUGAAGCAUAUGAAGAGUAAGGCUUCUUUUAGCCAAGAGCAAAUGCUUCGCAGUACUAAUGGAAAUUUCAGGGAAUCUUACAAUAUUGAAAAGAAUGAAAAAGAGACAUACAGAUCUCCUAUGAAAGAAGGGGUGAUUGCUGAUGAACCUGCCCAGGCUGAUCGUCAGUCUACCUACGAGAGUGACCUUGGUUCCAUCCCAUCUUCAGGAGUCUCAGAUGAUAUGGAAUUCAACAGAUAUGUUAUGGAAGCUAAUAGUUUUCUAAAACAAGCAAGGGAAUGUUGGAAGCAUAGAGGUGACGAAGGACAAGCAGAGAAUGCAUUGCAAAAGUCUGCCAAGUUACUCUCAAGGGCCAUAGAUUUGAAGCCCAUGAGUUUAUUAGCUGUAGGGCAGUUAGGAAACACUUAUCUUCUUCACGGAGAACUGAAAUUAAAGAUCAGCCGUGAGUUGAGAUCUGUGCUUGCAAGAAGUGAACCCAUAUCGGUUGAGAAACGGCGCAAUGUACUCAGUGGACUGGAUGAUCAGGUCGCGAGUAAAGAUAAUCUUGCAUCUAUUCUUGUUGAUGUUUGUGAAGAAUGUGAAGGACUACUUGUUAAGGCUGGAAGAAAAUAUAGAUUGGCCUUGUCAAUAGAUGGGAAUGAUAUGAGAGCCUUGUAUAACUGGGGUCUUGCCCUCUCCUUCCGUGCACAGUUGAUUGCUGAUGUUGGACCAGAAGCAGCUCUUGAUGCUGACAAGGUGUUCUUGGCUGCAAUUGAUAAGUUUGAUGCUAUGAUGUCUAAAAGCAACACAUAUGCACCUGAUGAAACUUAUGGAUCACAAAGUGGAAGGAGCAAGUAUUCUCACUAUCCCUGGGAAGUAUUUCAAAAAAGGAAUGAGUACUCAGCCCUAGUGAAGACACACGGGAGAGAUUCACCAAACUGUGGAUAUAUUCCAGAUGCGAUUGAUGAAUCUAUUUAACAAUUUUGUGUUCUUAUUACAUCUAGAAUGAUUAUACAGUUUGGAGCAUAUAGUAGAUUUUAAUUGGUUUUUUUGAUGACAUGGGUGAGUGCAGCUCUUUUCCGGUGGGCUGCAGCAUUGCAGGAAAGAUCUUACCUACGGCCAAGAAAUAGCAAGGAGAAAGUGAAGUUACUGCAGCAGGCAAAAAGGCUAUAUGAAGAUGCACUUGACAUGGACUCCAACAAUCCCCAAGUAAAAGAAGCUCUGUCAUCAUGCUUAUCAGAACUCAAUUAUAGAAACUAUUGACAUUAACCUCAAGAGGGAAUGCAUAUGCUUCAUUGUAAAUGCUUCAGCUAUUUUGUUGCUUAUAUAUUUUCAUUUAUCAUGCUUUUUUACCCCAAUUUGGCAUCUGUUGGAUUUGCUGGUCUUGAUGAAUGAUGAGUAUGAAAGUUAUUGCUUUAGUAAUGUUGUUCUGAGUGGAAAGACAGUAAAAUAUUACAUGUGGUUGUUAAAUAAAUUACAAACGAAUAUUGUGAGAAUUCAAUUGCUUAACAAAAUGGAUAUCAAUGGAUAAUUGAUAACU